AUGUGGGAUACACUAGAUACAUCGAAGCUGAACUCUCUCGACUGGGCAGCAACAGUCAUAGCACGUUCCAAGGGUAUUCCCCUCUAUGUCAGUUGCACGUAUCCGGACCGCGAAACCCCUCGCGCCGUUCUCGACUUCGUCUUGUCUCAUAUGGCCAGGAUCCAAGACCUGGAAGUUUACUUGAACACGUCUAUACGUACCAAGAUCCAGGAAAUCAUCGACGUUCCCAACACACUUUGCGCGCUACAGUCCUUGACCAUGAUUCGCUCAGACUCCAUAGACAAUGGCGAUAACGGGGGGAUUGACAGAUUCCUUGCUGAAGUACAGCUCCCCCAUCUGCAGACGCUGGACGUCAGGUUCUUUGUACUGCCGCCUACUACCUCCAUGUUCCCCCAGCUUCGCCACCUCCACUACGUGUCUCCAAUGUACAGCAACCCGUCUACAACAGUGUCACAAAUGCUGUUGUUCUUGCGCAACACUCCUUCUCUGGAGCGCCUCGAGAUUGAGGGCUCGUUCGAAACAUCUGAUGACGGCGGCGAGGAAUGCACAACAGUCGAACUCCCCAAACUCUCGGUUUUAUCUUACUCCACCGUUCGAUCUGAACACGCCUGUUUGUUUCGAUUCCUCCACUACCCCCCAUCUUCGAGAGUGAAAUUCGUAUCACGCACCCAUCCUACCGACCCCGCUGCGUGCGCUACCGAACUGGCGUCCGUUUUCACUCGUGUGGCAAGCAGUGACAUGGCUGCAAGCAUGGAGGCGGUAUCUUUGGCAGGCAUGUAUAGGAAUUACUUUGAAAUGCGGGUGUCUGAUCGUGAUGGCCCAAUGCUGGAGGUGUUCUUGCCCUUGAGAGGAGAUGUGCUCCCUUUGUUCAGGCUCUCCAUCAUGCUGCCAUGCUCCGCUGCACACACCCUCCAUAUUACCGGCUUUUCUUCAGUACAGGUAGCCUACUGGGCGAGCUUCUUCAACCGACACGAGCGCAUACGGAACUUAACUGCGGCGGGAGUGGAUUCAAACUUCUUUCGCGCUCUGUUGAAGCCAUCUGAAAACGAACCACCCCCUUUUACGUGCCUCGGACACCUCCUCCUGAGGCAUUGCGACAUCAACGAAAAUGCCGCGGUGAUCGAGCGGAUCCUUGAGGAGCAUAGCACUCUCGAAGGAGACGUUGAUGUCACAUUGGAGAUUUGGGAUUGCAGAGUAGCGGUGGGUAUUAUCAGUCAACUGAAGUCAUAUGCCAAGGUUGAAUGGGACGGUGGCGAGAGUUUUGAGAGCGACCCUUUCGGAGAAGAUGAAGAUGAAGAUGAAGAUGAUGAGGAUGAUGAGGAUGACAGUGAUGAGGAUGGCUGGAUGAGUGAUUGA